AUGGCUUCCACCAGCGGCCAGCUCCUCUGCCUCCCCGCCGCCGCCGCUGUCGUCCUCCUCUUCAUCUCCUCCGCGCCGCUCGUCGCCCUCGCCUCAGAGCCCCUCAACCCCGAAGUGCAGGCGCUGAUCGCCAUCAGGCAGGGGCUGGUCGACCCGCACGGCGUGCUCAGGAGCUGGGACCAGGACUCCGUCGACCCCUGCAGCUGGGCCAUGAUCACCUGCUCCGCACAGAACCUCGUCAUCGGCCUGGGAGUGCCGAGCCAGGGCUUGUCGGGGACUCUGUCCGGGAGGAUCGCCAACCUCACCCAUCUCGAGCAAGUGCUUCUGCAGAACAACAACAUCACGGGGCGGCUGCCGCCGGAGCUGGGCGCGCUGCCGCGGCUGCAGACGCUGGACCUCUCCAACAACCGCUUCUCCGGCCGCGUGCCCGACACGCUUGGCCGCAUCACCACCCUCCGAUACCUGAGGCUAAACAACAACAGCUUGUCCGGUCCGUUCCCCGCGUCGCUGGCCAAGAUCCCGCAGCUCUCCUUCCUGGACUUGUCCUACAACAACCUCACUGGACCCGUUCCGCUCUUCCCGACAAGGACUUUCAACAUCGUGGGCAACCCGAUGAUAUGCGGGAGCAACGCCGGCGCAGGGGAGUGCGCCGCCGCGCUGCCGCCGGCCACCGUCCCCUUCCCGCUGGAUUCCACUCCGGGUGGCAGCAGGACGACAGGGGCGGCAGCGGCGGGCAGGUCAAAGGCUGGCGCUGCGCGGCUGCCCAUCGGCGUCGGGACAAGCCUGGGCGCCUCCUCCCUUGUGCUCUUCGCCGUGUCCUGCUUCCUCUGGCGCCGAAAGCGCCGGCACACGGGGGGUCCCUCCUCCGUUCUCGGCAUCCACGAGCGUGGCGGCUACGACCUGGAGGACGGCGGCGGCGGGGGCGGCGUGGUGGCGCGGCUGGGGAACGUGCGCCAGUUCGGGCUGCGUGAGCUGCAGGCGGCCACGGACGGGUUCAGCGCCAAGAACAUCCUGGGCAAAGGCGGGUUCGGCAACGUGUACCGCGGCCGCCUCCCCGACGGCACCACGGUGGCCGUGAAGCGUCUCAAGGACCCCAGCGCGUCCGGCGAGGCCCAGUUCCGCACGGAGGUGGAGAUGAUCAGCCUCGCCGUGCACCGCCACCUGCUCCGCCUCGUCGGCUUCUGCGCCGCCUCCGGCGAGCGCCUCCUCGUCUACCCUUACAUGCCCAACGGCAGCGUCGCGUCGCGGCUGCGAGGGAAGCCGGCGCUGGACUGGGCGACGCGGAAGCGGAUCGCGGUGGGCGCCGCGCGGGGGCUGCUGUACCUGCACGAGCAGUGCGACCCGAAGAUCAUCCACCGGGACGUGAAGGCCGCCAACGUGCUGCUGGACGAGCACCACGAGGCCGUCGUCGGGGACUUCGGGCUGGCCAAGCUGCUGGACCACGGCGACUCGCACGUCACCACGGCGGUGCGCGGCACCGUCGGGCACAUCGCGCCCGAGUACCUCUCCACGGGGCAGUCGUCGGAGAAGACGGACGUGUUCGGCUUCGGGAUCCUGCUGCUGGAGCUCGUCACGGGCCAGCGCGCGCUCGAGCUCGGCAAGGCCUCCGGCGCGCUGCACAGCCAGAAGGGCGUCGUCAUGCUGGAUUGGGUGAGGAAGGUGCACCAAGAGAAGAUGCUUGACCUGCUGGUGGACCACGACCUGGGCCCGCACUACGACAGGAUCGAGGUGGCCGAGGUGGUGCAAGUGGCGCUCCUCUGCACGCAGUUCCAGCCGUCGCACCGGCCCAAGAUGUCCGAGGUGGUCCGGAUGCUGGAGGGCGACGGCCUCGCCGAGAAAUGGGAGGCCACGAACCGGCCGGCCGCGGGGACGGGGCCGCCGUGCCACGUCGACGCGCUCGGCUACGACCACCGCAACGACUCCAACGGCUCCGUGUUCUUCAACGACUUCCACGACAACGAGAGCAGCCUCAGCAGCGACGAAGCAAGGUCCAUCGACAUGGUGGAGGAGAUGGAGCUGUCAGGACCAAGGUAGCAGCAAGCAGCCCAGCCCUUGCCGGACGGGAAGAACCACUUCCUUGAUAAUGAUAGCAUCAGAACCAAAAUUCAGAGGACCGGAGUAGUGCUUGUUAAAAAUUACAGGUAGGGAGAGAGGAUUGUGUUAGAUUUGUUGCGAGUCCGUCUGGAAUUAAAGGUAUUGCUAGGUGCUUUAGGGGUUUAGAGUUCAGACCACAGCUGUGUAGUUUCUGAUGGAGCCGUCCUUUUCCCUUGAAAAAAAGAUGUAAAGAAAAAGGGGUGGCUUCUCUUUUGCUUCUUUUCACAGGCUUCUUUUUCUUUUGCUGCUGCUGCUGUAGCCAGUUCUCCCUGCUGAUCCAGUGACACAAGCACAUGCAGCAUUGGCAUUGCAGUCCUUUGGUAUUCCGGUCCACUGAUCUAGGGCAACCUUUUAAAGCUAGCGCAAGCAUGUAUGUAGGGGAUGUGUUGCAAGUAGCGAGGCAUGCAGUCAUUUUGACUGCUUUUGUGACCUGUAAAGGUGACGAGCUGCUCGAUUUCCCUUUGGUGACUUUGUAAAAGACUGAUGAAACAAGGAUGGCUGCAGUACGGAUCAAAA